AUGCCUAGUAAAAAGAAAAUCAAGUCUCCACAGCAGCUAUGGGAAAACAUUUCUUCAAUCUUUGUAACAUUUGUUGAGAGAAUAUUUUUUUCUCUGGGCGUGUUUGUAGCUAGGAAUCCAUGGAAGGUAAUAGCUGCAACAUGGAUAUUUGUCCUCUUAAGUUGCUGUGGACUUUACACAUUCUACUUAGAGAAGAAUCCUAUGAAAUUAUGGGUGCCUCCAGAAUCAGACUUUUAUUAUGACACAAAUUGGUACAUAGAUAAUUUUGGAACUAGUUUAAGAAUGCAGAAAUUGUUAGUUACUGCAGACAAUGUACUAGAUCCACAUGUUAUAAAUUUGUUAAGCAAUAUCACAAAUGAAGUCUCAUCCAUUCAAAUUCAUUAUAAUAAUAGAACAUAUUCUAAAAAUGACUUGUGUUUUAAAGUACCUGUAGUUGCUUUUGCUAGUCCACAUUGGAAAGCUAGAUCUGAGGUGACAGAUAAAUCUAAUAAUAGUCAAUCUAAACUUAAACAUGAGGGGUAUGAAAUAGAUUACUAUGAUCCAUCUCUCUUAGUUGACAAUGAUUUUUAUUGUAGUUUUAUUGAGAGUUUCUCACAUUCUUGUUAUCAAGAUAGUAUUGUAGAUAUUUGGAAAAAUGAUGAAAUGUUAAUAAAAAAUCUUACUAAGUUUGAUAUAAUUAAAAAUGUUAAUGAGGUGAAAAUAAAUCCUAUUACUGGCCAUUCUGUUGAUUAUACAAAGCAGUUAGGGGGAAUUCAGCGUGAUGAAAGUGGUCUUAUAGUGUCAGCUAAGUCAGUACUGAUUACUUGGUAUAUGUAUGUUAAUAUGACAGAGGUUGAUCUUAAUGAAGUAGGUAACUUAGUUGGUACGGAAGACUGGGUGACAGUCCCAUUAGCCAUGUGGGAGAAAAAAUAUUUAAGAUAUGUGAGUAAUUUAUCAUCACCAAAUAAUAUACAAUUUUUUUAUGAAACAGGAGGAAGUUUUGCAGAUAUAAGUGGUGAAACAAUGUUUAGUGACAUGGAUAAAUUAUCUAUAGGUAUUAUGUUAAUGUUUUUUUAUGUUGUGAUGGCGGUUUCUCGCUUCAAUUGGCUAGAGAUUAGGUUGACAUUAGGUAGUGUAGGUUUACUGAGUGUCGGUAUGGCAUAUAUUACUACUGUAGGCUGGUGUUCUUUGAUUGGUAUCCCAUUUGGCCCUGUUCACUCAUCAUUACCAUUUCUUCUCAUGGGCCUGGGAGUAGAUGAUAUGUUUGUGAUGAACGCAUGUUGGAAAAUAGUUUUGCAAACAGAGUCACAUCGAAGUAUUCCUGUUAAAGUAGGUCAUAUGCUGAAACAUGCAGGUGUAUCAAUAGUAAUUACAUCUUUUACAGAUAUUGUUGCUUUAAUGAUAGGUGCCAUAACAAUUCUUCCCUCUUUGAAAUCCUUCUGUAUCUAUGCUGCGGUUGGUGUAUUUUUCAUAUUUUGUUAUUCUGUUACUUUCUUUGUAGCAGUUUUCACAAUAGACAUAAAAAGGAUUCGUGACAAGAGAAAUGGAAUUAUUUUCUGUUACAAACAUAAUAAUGAUGUUAAUGUGUCAUCAAAAACUACAUUUUUCCAAAAGAUUUUAGAAACUUUCUAUAAAAAUGUUGUUUUUACUAUUCCUGGUAAAGCCACAGUCAUCUUAUUUGUUUUAAUAGCAACAGGUGUUAAUAUAGUAUCUGUAUUAAAAUUGGAACAAAGGUUUGACCCUAAGUGGUUUAUUCCUGACGAUACUUAUUAUAAACAAUUUUUGAACACCCAUGAACACUACUACCCUGAUGAAGGUUAUCCAGCUAUGGUUUUUCUAGGAGAUAUGGAUUACUAUAAGGAAUUUAAUAAUUUGUAUGAUAUGAUCCAGGUUUUAAGGAAUGAGUCAUAUGUAACUGAUGUUGUCACAUGGGUAGAAACUUUUCAUGGAUAUGUCUUAAAGAAUUUUAAUCAAGACUUACUGAAUUCAAGUUCUGUUACAGAAGGCCAAUUUAAAAAUUAUUUGUCCAGAUUUAUAUAUAGUGGAGUUGGAGGUAGAUUUCAAAUAAAUUUCAAAUUAUCAGGGCCACAUGGUUGUGGUAAAGCUAUUGAUAAUAUAACGGCCACGACAUUAUCUUUUAGGUUCACAAGUUUCAAGGGUCCUCAGGAAUAUAUACCUGCAAUGAAUCACGUUAAAGACAUUGUAAAAUCUACAUCCAUAGUUACUGGUGAUGGUUACCGUAGUGUGUGGUCCAAGGCUUUCGCAAAUUGGGCCACUGACGAGGUUAUCGCUGUUGAAGUAGAGAGAAACAUAGAACUAGCAUUGCUUUGUGUCAUGCUCUGCACUGUGAUAUUAAUAACAAAUCUUCAAAUGUGUCUAUGGAUAUUCAUUUGCGUUUUACUUACAAUUGUUAAUGUAUUAGGAGGUAUGCAACGGUGGGGUAUGACAGUUGAUAUCGUGUGUUGCAUUGGUCUAGAACUUGCAAUUGGUCUAUGUGUCGAUUAUGCUGCACACGUUGGGCAUACAUUUUUAACUAUAACCCAAGGUGAUCGUGGCGCUAGAGCUUACAAAACAGUCACGUCUAUAGGCAGCGCGGUUUUGCUAGGCGGUGGUUCGACAUUCCUUUCUUUAUCUCUUCUAAGUAUGUCGAAAGCAUAUACAUUUCAAUCUUUCUUUAAGAUAUUUUUCCUUGUCAUAUUAUUUGGUUUAUUUAAUGGCUUGUUAUUCCUACCUGUCAUUUUAUCAUUGAUAGGUCCAGCUCCCUACAAAAGUCACGAUGAAAAUGUUUUGGAAGCUGUAGAACUAAAUGGUAAAACUCCUGAGAAUAAAAGAAUAUUAGCAAAGACAGUGGAGUCUUGA